AUGUCUACUUUACCUUAUGCCAUCAGCAUUGCUCUUGAUAGUAUCAAAAAUCAACUCUCAGGCACUGCGGCGGCGAUCCUCACUCCCACCUCCGAUGGUUAUGGCGAUGCAAUCAAGCGCUGGAGCGCGACGUGUGAAAAGAACGCAGUUUCGGUCGCAUUAAAGGAGUUCGUUCGCAAUAAAGUUCCAUUUGUUAUUGCCUGCAGCGGACACUCCACGUCGGGAUCCUCAUCUAUCCAGGAUGGUGUGGUCAUAGACCUACGCCUCAUGAAUGGCGUGCAGGUUGACGUUGCCUCUCGAACUGUCACUGCACAAGGUGGCUGUAAUUGGCAAAUGGUCGAUGACGCACUUCAUCAACACGGCCUUGCAGCUGUUGGCGGUACAGUGAACCAUACCGGAAUCGGGGGGCUCACGCUGGGAGGUGGCUACGGCUGGCUUAGUGGCAGAUACGGGCUCGUUAUCGACAAUCUCGUAGGCGUCAAGUUGGUGCUGGCAGAUGGGUCGAUUGUGAGUGCGUCCGAGUCGCAAAACCCAGACCUUUUCUGGUCCAUUCGUGGAGCGGGCCAAAACUUCGGUUGCGUCACCGAGUUCACCUAUAAGGUACAUGAGCAGAAGCAUGAGCUGUUAGGGGGUACCGUCGGCCUUUCCCUAACGAAACUGCCGCAAGUUGUCGAAUUUUUGAACUAUCUCCAUGGUCUUGGCCAUCCAGAUGCCGGUUGCUUCUGCAUGUGGACCGUGCUUCCGGGAGAGAAUGAGCCAAUCAUCAUGUUUGCUAUCGUUCAUAACGGCAAUAAAGAGGAGGCCGAGAAGGUUUGGGGUCCGCUACUUCGUCUAGAUCUGCGUUUUAAAGAUCUCAAGAUGAUGUCGAUGCCCGAAGUGAACGCAAUGCUUCUCCCCAGCGUUCCUUUCGGAGAUCGAAGGCUAUUCGGCGCCGCCAAUAUCACAUUCCCGCUGCAGUACGAAUUUCUCUACGAAGCAAUCAUCAAGUGGCACAACGAGGCAAAGGCUUUUGACGCAACAAGCGGUGUGGUAUCCCUCGAAGUUAUUCCAACUGGCAAAAUCCGUGAAGUAGACAAUACGGCCACUGCAUUUUGCAAUCGAGGCGACUAUAUCAACGUCUCUGCUAUAUGGAGGUGGGAGGACGCAAGGUUCGAUCCCGACAUCCGCGCUUUGAAUCGGUCAUACACUAGCUGGAUCACUGAGAACGGAGGUCAAGCUGUUGAGUCACAAGGCACUGGUGUUUACGGAAACCAUGAUGAUGGAGAGGCUCAUGCCAUUGAAUCGUUGUUUGGGGUUAACGCGAAAAGGCUCAGAGAGCUGAAAAAGAAAUAUGAUCCAACUGGAGUUUUUCAAGGAAGACACCGUUUGCUUGAUCUACAAUAG